CAGCAGAAGCACAAGUGUAGCCAUUACUGAUACAUUUUAUGCGAUCCACAGCUGGAGCUAAUUGUUUCACUAGUGAUUCUGUGACGCCUGAAAAUUAUCUCUCCAACAAGACAUUCUGCAGGGUUUUCGCAGGGACAGCAUGUUAAUGCGCUGCUGCCUCUGCAAGGCUUAUGUGUGGAAGUGUAUAUAGAUCUUGGUAAUAAAAAAUGAUAUUGCCUGAAAAUAUUCAACCCAAUAUCAGUAUUGCUAAAUAUUUAAAAUAAAUAAAUAUAAUAUAGCAGUUUUUUUGUAAUUAAUGAAUUAAUUACCAAACGAGUGUGGGAGAUUGGGAAGAGUAACAACCGGUAUCAGGUACUGAUUGGAUGAGAACGGUCUGUCGGAUUUUCCUCAUAAUGUCAUCCUCAGAUGGCGUUAUAUAAGCAGAGAUGGACAAUGGAGCCGAAUGGAUCCAGUGUGGAGAAGAAAGGACCCUAUCUGAUGGGCAAGGGUCCAACAAUACAGGCCAAGUUGCGCAGCGGGACUUGGCACGGGCAGCACUUAGAAAGAAAGGCAUGCUGGGAGCAACAGGUAAAGGGAAAGCUUCAUCUAAAAGGUCAGUAAAGUUUAACAAAGGAUAUGCAGCCCUCAGUCAGGCAUCUGAUGAAACGCUGGUUUCCCUGGAUUCAGACAGCGAUGCUGAGCUGGAAUCGAGAUGUUCCUCUGGGUAUUCAUCAGCAGAGCUGGUUUCUCAAGACCUUAAUAGGCAACUUCUCCAAGAUGGAUAUCACUUGGAUGAGAUUCCAGAUGAUGAGGAUUUGGAUUUGAUUCCACCCAAGCCUGUACGAUCUGUGUCCUGUCCAUGCUGCUUAGGAGAGUCUUGGUCCUGCUGCAUCCAGUGAUCAAACAUGGAGACUGUUCACAAAUCCUGCUGUUUUCUUCUAGUUACAACUCCAUAUUCCCUCUAUUUUGCGAGGUCACUGACUGGCCAGUGUACCAAAAAAAAAGGCUUGGGUGAAGAGAGGAGAUGGACCAGAUAUGAGGGAUGUGGCCAGGCGCCUCACUGCUUAAAAUGAAAUAAAAUGUCCAAAGAUCCUGUUCAGGUCCCAUGUAGUGGAGGAGGACAUGGUGGGUGGACAUGGCUCCACCUUGAAUCUUAUGUUACAGAGAACGUUUUCAGUCUCGCAUGACAAUCUAAAGAUUACACCUAUCUCUUCAGAUGGCACGUUUACACCAGUGGUCUUGUGUAAAACAUGACAUGGCAUCUGAAUGUAGUUCAGAAGCAACUGUAGAGGAUAUCUAAAUACUUCCUUGCAACAAGGACAUUCAACAAUGGAUCACAGUCGCAUAUCUGUCUCCUAUGCCCCCUACUUUUUUUUUUUUUUAUCUUCUUUCUUGGUUUUAUAUAUUUUAUCUUAGCUGAAUCUGCUUGACUGGCUGCCCAAUGGUCUUGAAUAACGGACUGUUUCACUUCUGCUGCAAGAAACAACUUGUCCUACUUGAACAUCUGUUACCUUAAACUAGACUGUUACAUGGUGGCGGUUUUACCUAGGAAAUUGUCAUCUUGUACUUCACAACAAAGCAUUUCUGCGAGAACUUUAUUCUAGACUGCACAGGAAUCCUGAUACAUAGUACCAAGCACAAUGGAAUGGAUUUGAAUGUUUAGCCAGACCACCUUGUGGUCACUUUGUUACACUAUUAGGAAUUUAAACAUCCCGUUACAAGGUUGUUUGGCUGGCAUACAAUUAUUUUACAGCCUAUAAAUUGUCUAUUUUUAAUAGGAAAUAGAAGUCUUUCAAUGCAAAAAUGUUUUACAAAGUUUUCUUGACAAAAACAUUUCAUUCCACACUUCUAAAACUAAUCCAGUAGUUCUGGUCAGCUAGGUAAGUUGGGAUAGACACAGGUUUUAUUAGGACUUUUCCAAUGGUUUGAUUAAAAGGGAAAGGAGAGCUCAUGACCCUCCCCCCCCCCCCCCCCCUCUGUUUACAGAAAUAUAUAAAAUAAUAAAUAGCAAGGCUCUGUAAAAGAUUACUAGUUACUAUUGGCAGCUAAUAAUCAAUAAUGUGGGCGAUUCUGUCAGGGGACUUCAAAAUCCAUAAUUUUAAGAAUGCCCGACACUGCUCCUGAUCAUUUUUUGGUUGUUAUUGGUGAAUCAAGGCUUUAUGACUUGUUCUCCCGAUGUCUGGGUAAGGGAAAUCAAACAAGGAAUUGUCCCAAAACUCCACAGCUGUAUAGGCCCCAUUAGCUUGUGAAAGUGUAACAUCUGUACAAAAUAUCACAUAAAAGAGAACAUUGCCUACAAUUCAGAGGUGUGGGAGAAUGCUGCUUCCCUUGGUUGUGCCAGGCCUCUCUAAGGCCUAAUACAAGUGAGGAACAUUGACAUGUGGAAUAGUAUGUUUUGUUCUAAAUGGAUAGGAUGAACUGUGCCUCCCCUUAAAGUAAGCUUCUGUAUACUGGUAAAGUAAAAUGCUUUCUGCUAAAUGGGACAGAUUUUAUUAGAAAUAUGCAGCUGUAUAAAGAGAGACUUCAAAAUAAUUUUAUGAGCUCAAACAGCACCUAGGCUAGAUUUAUUAAGCCACUGCUUUUACACCUCAAUUUUAAAAGCAGUGAUAUUAAAUGAUAACAUUUCCUAUCGGUGCAGUUUUAAAAAUUGGUCAAACCCUCUGAGCAGCAAGCCCCCGCCUAGAGUUUGUGCUUCUCUGAAGCCUAAAGAAAAUCCUUUUAAAUACCGAGCGCGGACAGUUUUUUUUAGUUUUUUUUAAGCAAUAACUCACAAUAUUUUUCUUUUGAAAAACAUUAGUAAUAUAUAAUUAUAUAAAAGUAUUUUAGAUAUCUAACACUAAUUUUAUUCCAACGGAUCAUUACCUAUUAUUUUUAUUUUAUUUUUUAUAUUCUUGUAUAAGACACAGUUGGGCUGUUUGGCAAAGAUAUUUGUUACCAUUUAUAAAAUGUCUAAUAUUUUCAGAAUUGCUUUAUUUUCUUAAUCUGUCACCGAUAGAAUUGCACUAUUUUGUCUGAUCUACAGCUGGAUUAGAAUUAUUACUAUGUUUUUAAGAACCUAACCCAGAACAUUGUUCUAUAGUAGUCAAUGAAUUGCUGUUACCAUUACGUAUUGCUGUACUUCAGAAAAAGCAGGGUAUCCCCAACAGAUCAUGUUGACUGUAAUAACCCUUGUGGUGGGGAUAGGUAAAAUGACUGACCCAGUUAAGUAUAUGCAUUAACCUUUGCAUAUUUACACAUAUACUCAAAAUGACCUGAUUGCUGGUAAAGGACCAGAGCUGGUAGAUCCUGAGCUAGAACCCAGCUUACACCCCUACUCCCAACCAGACUACAUGUGCUAGUUUCCUUGAGUGAGGACAUGAGUGUUCAGUUAUCUUUCUCUAACAUGGUUUUCACCUAUAUUGGGAGGAGCUGUAUAGUAAUUAAUUACUUGUUCAUUAUAACACCACUAUAUGUGCUACAAAUUACUGUAAUUCCUUUGGGUUCCUAUAAGGAGAGGUAGAAAACCUGCACUGUUAGCAAAUGCUGAGAAGCUAAGAAUCACAGACUUUAAUUGUUUCACCUCUCCACAACAAAGGUAAUCAAUGAAACAUGACCUGCUGUGGUUCCUGGCGCACUGAGUCUGAAGUAGGCCAGAAGUGGCUCUUACACAACAGGGUGGGUCAGGUAAAAGGUGUGUAACUGUAUUAUAGAUAUAAAAUACAUUUUGUUUUUCCUACUGGAGAUACAGUAUAGAUAAAUAUUGUAAAGUGAUAAUAAACAGUAUUUAGAACUGG